GCGGUGAAUGCGUGCGUGCGUGCGUCCUGCCGCAGCAGCAGCAGCAGUAACGGCACCUGUCAUUUUCAGGAGGAGCUGAUAACCGUGUCAGGUGUGUGAAACAAGACGUUGUCGCGGAACAUUUCACAGUCAAACACCGCGGGGAUCCGUGAAUACCGAUGGCUCCACGUACAGAUAUUUGCGCCUGUGAAAAUUACGCAUCGAGUCCUUGAUGCUGUGAAGUGUGCUGACGCCGGGGGGACCGAUUUUAUUUAGUGCACCUCUGUGAACACACACACAUAGAUAGAGAGAGAGAGAGAGAGAGAGAGAGAGAGAGAGAGACAUAUAUCGAGGGCCAAUUUGAUACGACCACUUCACCGGUGACAAAUGAGAGGCUUCCUGCUGACUGCAAUCUUUCUGCUGCCCUUGGUGGCCUCAGAGUCUGAGCACUGCAUCAUCAAACGUGAACAUGAGAAAUGCAUGGAGAGGAUCGUGCUGCACAUCCCCAGCGAUGACGUCGAUUUAGUGUGUCCAUGGAUGUGGGACAACCUGACCUGCUGGCAGGCGGCCAGCAUUGGCGAGGUGGUGGUGGUCAACUGUCCAGAGCUCUUCCAUGACUUCAUGAGUCCUGAGGAUGAGAUGGGCAGGGUCAGUCGUAACUGCACGGAGGAGGGCUGGUCCGAACCCUUCCCUCACUACGUGGACGUCUGCUUCUUCUAUGACAACACCACCAAACCCGACAUGUAUUACGCGUCAGUCAAGGCCCUGUACACUGUUGGCUACAGCACGUCUCUGGUGUCUCUGACCACAGCCAUGGCCAUUCUCUGCAGAUUCAGGAAACUUCACUGCACACGAAACUUCAUCCACAUGAAUCUUUUUGUGUCCUUCAUGCUGAGAGCCAUCUCGGUCUUCAUCAAGGACGGAGUGCUGUACGCACAGGAAGACAGCGACCACUGCUUCGAGCACACAGUGGCUUGUAAAGCAGUGAUGGUUUUCUUCCAUUACUGCGUCAUGUCCAACUACUUCUGGCUGUUCAUUGAAGGACUGUAUCUGUUCACCCUGCUGGUGGAGACUUUCUUUCCUGAGAGACGAUACUUCUACUGGUACACGAUUGUAGGAUGGGGAACUCCCACCAUCUGUGUGACUGUCUGGGCAGUUCUGAGGCUCCAUUUCCAUGACACUGGAUGCUGGGAUACAAAUGAGAACACUGCCCUCUGGUGGGUCAUCAAAGGACCUGUCGUGGCCUCUAUAAUGAUCAAUUUCGUCCUCUUCAUUGGAAUUAUUAUCAUCCUGGUGCAGAAGCUGCAGUCGCCUGAUAUAGGAGGGAAUGAAUCGAGCAUUUACCUCAGCUGUGCUCAGAAAUGCUUCAGUGAGCCCACACAGGCUGUUCAGCAUUCGUGCAGGAUGUCAGAGUUAUCCACCAUCACACUGCGUCUGGCUCGCUCCACCCUCCUGCUCAUCCCUCUGUUUGGCAUUCACUACACUGUGUUUGCCUUCUCACCUGAAGACGUCAGCAAGAGGGAGAGGCUGGUUUUUGAACUGGGACUGGGAUCCUUCCAGGGUUUUGUAGUAGCCGUCCUCUACUGCUUCCUUAAUGGAGAGGUGCAGUCCGAGAUCAAGAGGAAAUGGCGCAGCUGGACAGUCAACCGAUACUUUGCUGUGGACCUGAAGCAGCAGAGGCAUCCUUCGUUGGCCAGCAGUGGAGUGAACGGCGGGACUCAGCUGUCCAUCCUCAGCAAGAGCAGCUCCCAGAUACGCGUGUCCAGCCCGCUGGCAGAGAACGCCAACAUCAGCCUCCCAACCUGAGCGUCUGAUUGGCUGGAGUCAAUUUCAAGGUGCCGUUCCACUAAUCCUGACCAACCGAAACAGACCAAAGUGACCCCUCACCUUGUAUAUUUCGUAGUUGGGCAUUUAAGUAAUGAAGUGUUACCAAGAGUAUUUUCUAAAGAUUCAUGCUGGCUUUGGAUUUACAAUUGAACUGCGGUAUUUUAUUGUUGUGUUUGCCUCUAUGUUGAAAAAUUCUCAAAAACUCAAAUUCUAAUCAGAUAUUAGUAAUAAUCAUUUUCUGCCAGUGUACAAGUACGGUAGACGUAACCCUCUUUAUUUAUUGAUUGAUAAAUAAUAUUAAUGUAGACUUUGUGCCAAGAAAAACACUACAAGUUGUGGAAAAAAGUAGGGGGGUCACAUUUGGCUGUUGGUGUAAAAUAAAUGUGAUUCAAAGUGCCAUACAUGUUUGCCAGACUGGAUCUGAUCUCAUCACAGUCCAAAGUGAAAUAUCAACCAAAUGUUAGCCUUGCUUGUACAAAAUGCUCACAGUCUUAAAUGUCUCAUCUUCAAUUUGAACAUUUUUCUACAAUCAGCCAUAAGUACAAAGUAUGUCAAAAGAGAUGUUUCAGAAAAAAAAGAAAAGAAUUAUGAUAAUAAUAACAAAACAGCAACAGCAACUCAUGGACUUUGUAAAUAGCUCCUUUUUUUCGUGUCGAGAUCAAAAUUUCUUUCUUCUACAUAACACGGUAUCGUGAUGUCCUUUUCAAACAAAGGGAACUGGAGCCCAAAUCUGUAGAUUUCAUCACAUAUCCCAAAGACCCAGAGUAUCCUGCCAACUCUCCUCCUUACUACUUCUUUAUAUUAGAUAAUAAUUUAAUUAUAUAUACAUAUAUGUAUAUAUAAAAAAAUACACUUGCAGUCUGUAUGUAAAGGAACAAGGUGCCAAAUGAAAUUGUGUUGAAAUCAGUGUUUUCCAACCUUGAAGACACAGGAUAAAUGAAAUUCUAUUUUAUUCCUCUGAAACAGUAGAUACUUUCACUUCUUCAGGCUCCUAAAAAUAUUUAAAUGAAUCGAGUUAAUAAGGUUAAAUCAUUAUUUCCUUGAGUUUUCACCUCACGUGGAAAGUGAGUCGUCUUUGUACUGUUUUUCAGGAUAACGAUACGUUUUCAGUGUGUUUAAAACAAAGUGAAAUUCACAGGAAAACUACAUAUUUUUUUCAUAACUAUGAACACUUCACGGUGCCAUUACGUGGAUCUCGUUAUCCAUAGCUUCUCAUAACGCCAUGAAUUAUAUUAUAUGUGCAGUACUUUAUUGUAGGCAGUGGAAAUCAAACCCUCAUCAUGCUAUUAAAGAUGACGUCGUGCCAUAUUAAACCGCACCUCUAUUUUUAAUUUUGAGACAAACUGUCUCAGACUCACAUUCCAAAGUGCCUAGUUAGUCACAAAUAGCUAUCACUUUUAUUUAUAGCAAAUUAAAAGUGUCGGUUUAAUCGUAUUCAUUUCCUGAAUGUACACAGCAGAUGCAUUUUUAUUGAGGAUGCAUUAGAGGAAAAAAACCAACAAUAACAAUAAUAAUAAUUAUUAUUAUAAUUUGCUCCAUUUAUCAUUUUUUUACACAUGAUAUGAAAUCCUGCUUAGUUUUACUUUAUUUUCCCAUAAAAUGUUUCAAUAAAUCUACAGGUCCGUCUCUAUAAACAGUUUCUAACUCAGAGGCAAUGAAGUUCAUGCUAUAACAGACAACAAAAAACGCUUUAAUGUGACAGCUCUUGACAAUCGCUGUGACGUCUAGUUUUUUUGGGUUUGUUUGUUUUCUUUUACAAGCUAACAAACAAUAACUGCACAUGUGUGAAAAUGAUGAAAUAUGGUGAAAUAGAAGUUCAUGUGUGCAGGAGGGUUGUUUUUUCCCCCGCCACCAAGAAUGUAGUCACUUUAAACAAUGCAUUGGUGAUAUUGCUAAACAUAUAAGGAUGUAUAUUUAUUUUCCAUAAGACAGUAUUAUCUGAGAUGAUUUAAAUGUACAGUACACGUGUUUUUCACUGUGUAAUAUUUGUGUGGCUCGUGCAAUGUCAUUGCCAUUCACUUUCCCUCCGCGAAAGUGCUAUAAGUGUAGUGCCAUAAGUGGUGACAGUGGGAGAUUUGUGCCACGCGCUCUCGUUUCUGACUUCAUGGAAAUAUCAUACUGAACAGAAAUCGCUGUCCAAAGCUGAAUAGGAUGUAAUGAAAGGGAAACACAUGUAUUAUUGAAACAAAAAAAGCAAAAAGUGAACAUACACACGAGUGGGAGGAAGCAGCUGUUGUAAUGUGCGCUCUCAGCUGCGUCUGGACGGAACACUUUGCUGCUGCUUACGUCUUGUAUCACCAGCCGUCACUCUGAGUCUGAAUCGACUCAGAUGGAAACGACCAUGUCUCAAAGCUGUUACUGUCUGUGAAAAAAAAGAAGAAGAGUACAGAGUACAACCCCGUAUAUGACCAUGUCUGUGCUGUGCUUUUGCUAACCACAAGGUGUCUGCACAGCGUUAGGAUUCCAUUUGGUUUCAGUAGCAGCACUGGUUUGCCAUUUGUGUGUGUCCUUUUGAUUAAAGCAGAUGCCACGUGGUUAGUAUCCAUGUUUGUGAUAUUUCUCCACACCAAUUAAGGUCAAAUGUGUUCUUGAUUUCUCUUCAAACAAACACUUUCAGAGGAAAUUGAAAUGUUUCUUGAGAAAUGUGUUGAAUUUUUUCAACUGUGUUGCGCACAAUUUAACAGUACAACUGUAAGCUUUGUGGGUUUUGCAUUAUGCUUUUACGUGAGUGUCAAACAAGCCAAUGACAUGGUUUCCUUUUAGCAAUUUUUUGGCAUUUAUGGAAAUGAUGCUUAUUCACAUCCUUUGUCUGACUUAUGUGAGAGUCUGACUCUGUCGUGUGGUUUCCUCAAUAUGUGCAUUACUUAAAUCAUAAUACAGCUACUAGCUGUUCCUCCAUUGAUAGUACAUAUUUAAACAGCUAUAACUGUGAAGUGAAGUGAACAAGCAUAUUUCCCAAACUGCUUUAACGUUUGUUUCUAAAUGUGACUAAUUGCUGUGGGGCGUAUCUCUGUGUAUAGAUGCCUUUUCUAUGGCACUUUUGCCUGUUGAGCCAGUUUAUUUAUUCCAUAUUGAGUUCGAGUAAAGGUUUUGAUGGCAAAAUGAAUUUUUGAAUGUACCGUUGUUGCUCAGCUGCUCUUAAAUGUCGCCUGCUAUGACUUUGCCAUGGUGUACAAAUGAUGUCCUUUCUUGACCAUAUAUAAUUCACCGUGUUUGUAUAUUUUUGGCACACGGACACCUCUUGAUGAAGACCUGUAAUGUUUGUGACUGUGUUUUUGUAGAUAUUUAUGUACCAGUUUUCAGAGUGUGUGUGUGGGUGAGUGAGUGUGUGUGUGAGUGUGUUCAAUGGUUGGAGAGAUUGUUUUCUGUGCACACGUGUACAUCAUGAUCAGUAUUCACGAGGAUAUACGUAAGUAGGCUAACUUGAAUUCCAAAAAAAAAUUCCAAUUUCAUUUGUUUGUUGCACCUGUGGCAGUGUGUCAUGUGUUAAGAUGGUGUCUAACAUUCAUGUCUCAAUUUGUGUAUAUUUGAAAACAAAAUAAAUCUAUCUGUGGUAAGUUGUA